AUGGACCCGCCGGCUUACCUGAACGGGAUGGCAGAGGUGAUCGGUGAAUUACGCCGCUACAUCCUGGAUGCCCUGCGCCGUGACGAAACCUCCCGUUGUGAAGAGUUGAUGGAACUGAUGGACGAGAUUUACGGCAUCCUGGUUACGGUUGAUUUCCCGGAAGGCGUCACUGGCGGUCUCCGUCACAGCACUGACGCAAUGCGGGGGGUGUUGGAGCGUACUCGCGGCGAUCUGACUAUUUCCCUUCAGCAACGGCGGUUGGAACGACGCCUCGAAGGUCUGACCUAG